CGGCAAACUGAGCGACAACACACACCGGACGUAAUCGCAUCUGCGUGGGGAAAGGCCCGCCAUUACCGCCGCCAAAUUCUUCGCCUCCUCCUCAACUCUAAAUUCUCUCCCAUUUCCAAUUUUUCCGAUUCAUACACAAUGGUCGUUAUGUCGAUUUUCAAUUGAUUUUCUUUUAUUUUCCCCGAACCAUCUCAAACAUAAUUUGGAUUUGUGAAAUUUAGAAAUGGGCUCUUUGCUUUAUCGCCGGAGGCUAUCUCGCCUGCUGGAGCCAAGUAAUGCUGGUUUCAGUCAAUGUCUAAGGAAGCUCAGCAGUUCCACAGAACCCAAGAAAUUUGAUUUUACGGACCUCACGUGUCCACACGCAUGGUAUCCUAUUGCUCGACGGAAAAAAAGGAAUGUAAUAUUACAUGUGGGCCCCACAAAUAGUGGUAAAACGUAUCAUGCCCUGAAACGAUUAGAGUCAAGUUCUUCGGGUAUUUAUUGUGGGCCAUUGAGGCUUUUGGCAUGGGAAGUUGCUCAGCGGCUGAACAAGGCGAAAGUGCCAUGUGAUCUUAUUACUGGACAAGAGAGAGAUGAAGUUGAUGGAGCUAAACAUAAAGCUGCUACUGUUGAGAUGGCAGAUGUGACAUCUGAUUAUAAAUGUGCCGUUGUUGAUGAGAUUCAGAUGCUGGGUUGUAGAACAAGGGGUUUUUCCUUUACUCGAGCUCUGUUAGGAUUAUCUGCUGAUGAGCUUCACCUGUGUGGAGAUCCAGCAGCUGUUCCUCUAAUACAGGACCUACUUAAAGUGACUGAUGACCAUGUCGAGGUUCAAUACUAUGAGAGGCUUUCACCUCUGGUCCCAUCAAAUGUUCCCCUUGGAUCUUUUUCCAACAUUAGGACUGGUGACUGCAUCGUCACAUUUUCACGUUAUGAGAUAUACAAUAUAAAGAGACGAAUUGAAAACAGAGGGAAUCAUCUUUGUUCUGUUGUUUAUGGUUCAUUGCCUCCAGAGACUCGAAGCAGACAGGCAACAAUGUUCAACGAUGAAACGAGUGAUUUUGAUGUCCUAGUUGCGAGCGAUGCCAUUGGGAUGGGUCUCAAUCUUAAUAUAUCUCGAAUCAUUUUUUCAACAUUAAAAAAAUUCGACGGCGUGGAAACACGGAAUCUCACUGUUUCCGAGAUUAAACAAAUUGCUGGGAGAGCUGGCAGGUUCAAAUCUAAAUUUCCUGUAGGCGAAGUUACAUGUCUGGAUGCUGAUGAUAUACCUUUACUUCAUUCAUCUUUGAGUUCUGCCUCUCCUGUUAUUGAGCAAGCUGGACUUUUCCCCAACUUUGAUCUUUUACUAAUGUACUCACGUGUACGCCCGAGUUAUGGCCUACACCAGAUAUUGCAACAUUUUGCGGAAAAUUCUAAAUUAUCAGAGAAGUAUUUCAUUUCUGACUGUGAACAACUGUUGAAAGUCGCUGCAGUUCUUGAUGAGCUACCUCUUAGUUUGAAUGACAAGUAUCUUUUUACCGUAAGUCCCGUUGACAUGGAUGACGACAUCUCAUCUCAGGGACUGACUCAGGUUCUCGAUUUGUACGUUUGGCUGAGUUUUCACCUGGAAGACAGCUUUCCCGAUCGAGAACUGGCAGCAUCACAAAAGGCUAUUUGCAGCAUGAUAAUUGAGGAAUUUUUGGGAAGAGAUGGUUGCCAGAAGCCGAACUACCGUAGUCCUUUGAAAUCUCUGGCUGGAUGA